AAGAAGAAGAGAGUGCUAUCAAUGUUGGGUAACACAGAAACGCUUUACAAUUGCCUUGCUUCUAGCAUAUGGUCACAACUACAUGUCUCGUCUAGUGCAGUCAGAUCAACAUAGACCGUGACAUUUAUUCUGUUGGUAUUUGUUGCCAAUCAUUAGCACAGUUUAGGUACCAGCUUUCCAACUGCUGCCACUUGUGUUUGAUGAACCGUCUCUUCAUUUAUACACCAUGUACGGAGUGAAGCAUCUUCCUUCAAAAGUAUCAUUGAUUUCUGCAGAGCUGCGCAUUUUAAUUAGGGUUUAAUGAGAAUGAAAACCGACCUUCAUCUGAACUAGCUCCCUAGUUCAUCAGUUAGUGCACUAGUAAGGGAGUGAGAGUUAAUAAGAUCGAGUCAUAAAUAUAUCACGAGAACCGGACAAAAGAACACAGUACAUGUCGUAUUUAGUUAAGACUUAUAUUUGGCAUUUAUUUACUUUUAAUUAUAGUACAUAUUACAGUGAUGAAAGCUGGUUUGUAAAAUUAGUUCAACGCGAGGUGAUUCAAACGAUCCGAAUCAUCUUUGUGAAUCGGUUUGUUCAACUGAGCUUGGUUUCUUUAUCACUGCGGUUUUUUUUAUUAUUGUUGUAUACUGAGUUAUUGUGAUGACCACUAGAGGGCAAGCUUAGGUUGUCUGUAAAUGCUUAAAAUAGCAGCAGAGAAGAAGUAGGGUGUGCGCACCUGAAGCCACCCAUGAAGUGAUUGUGUGGACUGUUUGUUGACGUACGGCUAAGUAAAAUGUAACCUCGAACAGACCUUGUGUUUCCUCUCAAGUUAUUACAUCUUUUGGCAACGAGGAUAAACAAGGAGAAUACUAAGACGGAAGGAGGCGAAGAAACUGGAUCUCUAUGAGUUGGAACUUUGGAAAAGAAGAUGGCCACUAUGGUAGGAACAGUAACGCCAUUUGAUAGUCAAUCGCAGUCUUGGGAAGAAUAUUGCGAAAUUUUACAACACUUCUUCGAGGCAAAUGAAAUUACAGAAGCAACCAAGCAGAAAGCUAUAUUAUUAAGCUCUGUAGGAAGUCAAACAUACAGUCUUCUAAGAAAUUUGUUAAGUCUAGUUAAACCAGGAACGAAGACAUUUGCUGAAUUAGUAGAAUUACUGAAAGAGCAUUUCAAUCCAAAACCUAGUGAAAUUGUACAACGAUUUAAAUUCAAUUCAAGAUCAAGAGAAGAGGGGGAAGCUGUGCUUGAGUAUGUGGCAGUACUGAGAAAACUAGCUCAUGAUUGUAAUUAUGGAGAAAAACUGACAGAAAUGCUUCGGGACAGACUGGUAUGUGGCAUAAAUGAUGAUCGUAUUCAGCGCAGACUAUUGGCAGAAAUGGAUUUAACAUUUGAGAAAGCACUGAAAAUAGCCCAAGCAAUGGAAACAGCCAAUAAAGAUGUGAAAGAUUUACAAGCUUACCGUUCAGAAACAGCCGUUUCAAUGAGAGUGCACAAAACGUCGGUAACACAUGAUGAGGGUCAAAAGCGAGCAUGUUAUAGAUGUGGAAGUUUGCAACAUUUGGCUAAUGAAUGUCGAUUUGCUGCUGAGAAAUGUCAUAAAUGUGGGAAGCAAGGACAUAUAAUGAAAGUAUGUAAAUCAAAAACUUCCUUUGGAGAAUUAAACUUCCAAGGGGGCGCAAGACGUAAGAGGGGAGGACAGAGAAUGCAUUAUGUGAGUAGAGAUGAGAAAAGUACAUCGGCAUCUGAUGAAGAAGGCAUUUAUACUGUGUACAGUUUGCAAGAAACAGAAAUUCCGAAAGUAGCUCCACUGACCAUCACGUUGGCUAUUAACAAAUCAAAUGUACCGUUUGAAGUGGAUACUGGCUGUAGUGUGACCAUAAUGAACAGCUCCAACUUUGUUAAAUUGUGGGAAAAAGAUGACAUUCCUGAAUUAAAGACAUGUUCUUUGAAUUUAAAAACCUAUAUGGGCCAAGUUUUAAUUGUGUUGGGCUCUACACAAGUUGAAGUUGCAUACAACAGCACAAUGAAAAAGUUACCAGUCAUAGUAGUACCCGGAACGGGGCCCAAUUUAUUGGGCAGAGGAUGGAUUAAAGAAUUAGGCAUACAUUGGGAGGCACUACAUAGGAUUCAAGAGGUGGAAGAAUUAACUUUGCCUAAAGUCCUCAGUAAAUAUGCAGAGUUGUUUAAAGAUGAAUUGGGGGAGUUGAAGGGUCCACCGGUGACGAUUUAUGUGGAUAAGGAAGCAGUCCCACGGUUUUUUAAAGCCAGACCAGUCCCUUAUGCAAUAAAGGCAAAGGUAGAAGCAGAAAUAGAACGCCUAUUGAGAGAACACAUCAUAGAGCCUGUUAAACAUUCUGAAUGGGCUGCCCCUGUUGUACCCGUUCUAAAACCAGACAAUACCGUACGUCUAUGUGGUGACUACAAACUAACAGUGAACAGAGUUUCAAAGUUGGAACAGUAUCCCAUUCCUAGGAUAGAGGAUUUGUUUGCAACAUUGUCAGGUGGACAAAAAUUCACAAAUUUGGAUAUGAGACAUGCUUAUCACCAGAUUGCAUUAGAUGCAGAGUCCAGAAAAUAUGUUACUGUGAAUACCCAUAAAGGGUUAUUUACUUACCGUGUUUUACCUUUUGGAGUCUCUUCCAGCCCCGCCAUCUUCCAGUGGACCAUUGAAGGAGUACUGCAAGGCCUUCCCCAUGUAGCAGUUUUCCUUGAUGAUAUCCUAAUAACUGGUCGGAAUGACGAAGAACAUCUCCAGAUCCUUGGAAAGGUGUUGGACAGAUUGCAGGAAGCCGGACUGCGAUUGAAGUAAAUGUACCUCCAUCCUGCACCGGAGAAGGUGACAACUAUUAAAAAGGCUCCCUCCCCAAAGAAUGUGACCGAGUUGAAAGCAUAUUUAGGACUUUUAAAUUAUUACAACAAGUUCCUUCCCAAUCUGUCUACUGUUUUGGCCCCUGUGCACAAGUUGUUACGGAAAGAUGUAAAAUGGGACUGGGGCAAGGAACAAGAAACUGUUUUUGUUCAGUCUAAAAAGAUGAUUAAUUCAGUACAAGUUCUGGUUCAUUAUGAUCCCCAGAAGGAUGUGAUUCUGUCUUGUGAUGCUUCUCCUUAUGGCUUAGGUGCAGUUCUUUCCCAUAAGAUGCCUGAUGGAAGUGAAAGACCUAUUGGAUUUAUGUCACGAACACUGAAUCAAGCAGAGCGGAAUUAUUCACAAUUGGACAAAGAAGGGUUGGCAGUAAUGUUCGGGUUGCAGCGUUUCCACAAGUAUUUGUAUGGUCGGAAGUUUACUAUUGUCACUGACCAUAAACCCUUAUUGUCUUUAUUUAACAAGUUAAAAGCUGUUCCCCAAAUGUCCUCUCCUAGAAUCCAGCGAUGGGCUGUGACCCUAAGGGCAUAUGAGUACAACAUCAUUUAAAAGGCUGGCAAGGAUCAUGGCAAUGCAGAUGCUUUAAGUCGGCUACCAGUACCAAUGGAAUCUUCUACAGAGCAGGAAGAAAGAGUUCUAAUGCUGGAGAAUGCUGAUAUCACCUUGAUCACAGCCGUGCAUCAUGGAUGUUUGAAUGAAUUAAUAGGAACAGAGUUUGAUCCAUUCACAACAAGAAAAGAUGAAUUAAGUGUACAGGAUGGCUGUGUGCUCUGGGGGGCUCGAGUAAUCAUUCCUACCAUAGGUAGACCAGAAGUUCUGAAACAACUGCAUCAGUGCCAUCCAGGAGUGUCUAGGAUGAAAGCUUUAGCCAGAAGUUAUGUGUGGUGGCCCAAGUUACAUCAGGAUGUGGAAAGGCUGGUUAAAACUUGUCGUAUGUGCCAAGAGCAUAGGAAUGUUCCAGCUGUUGCUCCACUGCAUCCUUGGAAUUGGCCAGAAAAACCAUGGCAACGACUACAUGUGGAUUAUGCAGGACCAUUUAUGGGAAAAAUGUUCUUUGUUUUGAUUGAUGCUCAUUCAAAAUGGAUUGAUGUGUAUCCAGUAAAUUCUGCUACAACUGCUUCCACCAUUGAUUGCUUGCGAAAUAGCUUCAGUAAUCAUGGAUUACCUGAACUAAUUGUAUCAGACAAUGCUACAUGUUUCAUUAGUGCUGAAUUCAAAGACUUCCUGAAUAAAAAUGGAGUGGGGCAUGUUACUUCUGCACCCUACCAUGCAUCCAGUAAUGGUUUAGCAGAACGGGCUGUCCAGAUUAUUAAAACCAUGCUGAAAAAGAGUGCUGAUGAAAAAAUUGCAACUAAAUUAUCUAGAGUUUUAUUCAGUUACAGAAUUACUCCUCAAACAACCACAGGACUCUCUCCAGCUGAAAUGUUGUAUGGACGGAAAUUACGAUGUUCUUUGGACUUUAUACAUCCAGAUUUGACCAGGAAAAUUCAGGAACAGCAACAAAAGCAAGGAAACCAUCAUGAUAAAAAGGCCGAUAUGCGGAGUUUUGGCAUUGGAGAUUCAGUACUUAUUCGAAACUUUACUUAUGGUCCAAAAUGGAUUCCUGGGCAUAUUGAAACUGUGACUGGACCCCUUUCUUAUAAAGUAAGGCUGGGUGAUGGCCGAAUGGUACGAAGACAUGUGGAUCAAAUUCAAGGCCAACAGAAAUUCUUUGCAAACACAUCAGAAGAGGAGAAGGAUUGUAAAUUCCUGAUUUUGACAUUCCUGAAUACUCAACACUUGUAGUUCCAAAAGAGCCUGAGGGAAUAGCAGCUGAAGAAAUUUCUAGUACAACUCUGCCCCAGAAGUAUCUAGAGCAGGGGUAGGCAACCUGCGGCUCUUCAGCCUCCUUGUAGUGGCUCCUGU